GCCCCACGUUCAAACGCCGACAAUGCGUCGGCAACUGACGCCCUCUGAGCUCCUCCCCGCGGCUCGCCCAUAAACAUUCUCCCCCCCCCUCCCCCAAUUCCUCCCAAUGCAACGACUCCGGCAAAUUUCUGGCCAUAUUCCUCGCAAAGUGUUUUACACAACCUCACCACCACCACCACCCCAGAAGCCCAUCAUGCCUAAGUUGCUGUACCCCACGUCCCUCACUCUCGACCCCAAGCUGCUCGAGGGCUACAGCGUAGAUCUCGUCCCCUACAAUGUGAAAGAGACAAUUCCCGAAGAGCACACCGACGCCGAGAUCCUGGUCGCGUGGACAAAUUCGGCCGCAAACCUCAAGGACGCCGCAUCGCGCCUGACAAAGCUGCGCUGGAUCCAGUCGCUGGCCGCGGGCCCUAACGACGUGCUAGGCGCAGGCUUCGACCCGUCCAAGAUCACCAUCACAACCGGCUCGGGCCUGCACGACCACACCGUUGCCGAGCAUACGCUGGGGCUGCUGCUCAACGCCGCGCGCCGCUUCUACGAAAUGCGCGACAGCCAGCUGCAGGGCAAGUGGCCCGGCCACCUGGGCGGGCCACAGCCCGACCGCCCGGCGGGCAAGUUCACAACGCUGCAGGACGCCAACGUCGUCGUCUGGGGCUUCGGCAACAUCGCCAAGUGCCUCACGCCGUGGCUGACAGCGUUGGGCGCCAACGUCAAGGGCGUCGCGAGGUCAAAGGGCGUGCGCAACGGUAUCGAGAUCUACGCUGAGGACGAUCUGAAGGACAUCCUGCCCACGACGGACGCGCUCGUCAUGAUUCUGCCGGGCUCGGAUGCGACAAAACACGCGCUCAACGCUGAGAGGCUGAAGCUGCUGCCCAACCACGCGUGGAUUGUCAACGUCGGGCGCGGCACGAGUGUGGACGAGGACGCGCUGGCUGAUGCUUUGGAGCAGGGCACUAUCGGCGGUGCGGCGCUGGACGUCUUCGAGACGGAACCCUACCCCGAGGGUGGCAGGCUGUACAAGACGCCGAACACUAUCGUCAGCCCACAUGCUGCUGGUGGCAGGCCGCAGAACCCGGAGGAUUUGAUUGCGUGGAACCUGAGGAAGUUUUUGGCGGGGCAGGAGUUGAAGAAUGUUAUUUAGAUAGAGCGUAUCGUAGGUUGUUGGUUGUAAUUCAAGAACUAUUCGUCCAA